GGGAAACCAGCUUCGUCCCCUCCAAAAUCCAUUUUUCCAUUCGUCUGCACAGUUUUGGGCAACUGGUUUUUGUGUGUGUGAGAGAGAGAGAGAGAGAUGGGUGGUUGGAGGGGGAUUUUGGGGUUCGACUACGGCGUAGUUCAGGCACCACUGGGCCCCGAUAUUGCAAGCCCGGAGCUUGUUGCCGCCGUCGCCAACGCCGGUGCUAUCGGACUCCUUCGAGCCCCCGAUUCGGAAUCGCCGGAUGUUCUGAGGAAGCUGAUAGCAAGGACGCGGGCAUUGACGAGCAAGCCCUUUGGCGUCGGCGUCGUCUUGGCUUUCCCACAUGAGAAGAACGUAAAGGUCGUAUUGGAAGAGAGGGUGGCAGUGCUUCAGGUUUAUUGGGGCGACUACCCUGCGCGCCUUGUAAAUCAAGCCCAUGAACUUGGCGUGAAGGUUGUGCACCAGGUCGGUAGUUACGAAGAUGCAACCAAGGCUGUCAACGCUGGUGUAGACGCAAUAAUAGUGCAGGGACAUGAAGCCGGUGGACAUGUCAUUGGUAAGGAGGGUCUAGUGGCACUACUGCCUAGAGUGGUGGAUCUGGCUUCGGAGCACAAUAUACCUGUAAUUGCUGCUGGUGGUAUCGUGGAUGCACGGGGCUAUGUUGCUGCUUUGGCUUUAGGUGCAAAAGGUGUUUGUAUGGGUACGAGAUUUGUAGCUGCAACGGAAAGCUAUGCUCAUCCGACUUACAAGGAAAAGAUACUGGAAAUGGUUGAAACUGAAUAUACAAAUGUAUUUGGGCGUGCAAGGUGGCCUGGUGCACCACACCGUGUUCUAAAGACACCCUUCUUUAUUAAGUGGAGGCAUCUUUCACCUGAUGAGACGGAGGUGGAUCAACCAAUCAUAGGUCAUUCCACUGUACAUGAACUGGACAAGGAGAUUCGGCGUUUUGCUGGCACUGCUCCAAAUGAGGCAACACAAGGUGAUAUUGAUAGCAUGGUUAUGUAUGCUGGUCAAGGGGUGGGGCUUAUUAAAGAGAUUUUGCCAGCUGGGGAUAUAGUGAGAAUGCUUGUAGAUGGAGCACAACUGAUAAUUCAGCAGCAAUCACUUGAUGCAGUGAGCUGAACUCUGAUUCAGGCAUGUGAGGCCAUACGUUCUUGAAAUAUGUUUCAGUUUUUGAACUCAAUCACACUUAGAGAGUUUUAAGAGUUUAAUUCCGCAGAGUGCCUCAGUCGGCAUAAUCUGAUAAAUAUCCUCUCACCCGUAGUUUGACAGAAGAAAGGGGGAGGGAAUAAAAAAGAAAGGGGAUUGUAGUGGGAUGAAGACAGUCAGCUUGUAAAUUAAUAAAAAAUCAAGAUUAUCCUGAUCUA